GAAAAAGGGCAGGAGUGGAAGGGGAGAGCCGCAGCCCAGGAGCCCGAGAUGGUCGGAGGAUGGAAGAAGUGUCUGUGAAGCAGGGCUUCCUGUAUCUUCAGCAGCAGCAGACUUUUGGAAAGAAAUGGCGCCGGUUUGGGGCCAUGCUGUAUGCAGGGUCGGGCUGCACCUUGGCCCGGCUGGAGCUCCAGGAGGGCCUGGAGAAGCCACGGCGGGGAGAGGCUGCCCGGAGGAUCAUCCGCCUCAGUAACUGCCUGCGUGUGGCUGAGGCCAGCACAGAGGCCAGCAGCCCCCGGGACACCAGCGCCUUCUUCCUGGAGACCAAGGAGCGCCUCUACCUGCUGGCGGCCUCCACUGCAGAGCGUGGGGACUGGAUGCAGGCCAUCUGCCUCCUGGCCUUCCCCGGGCAGAGGAAAGAGCUCUCGGGGCUGGCAGGGAAGAGCAGCCAGCCCUGCAUGGAGGAAAACAAGCUAUACAGCAGAGUGGCUGCAGUGGUCCCCUGCAAGGAAUUUACUGUGAUUAUAAGACCCACAGAAGCCAGUGAGAGGUGCCAGCUCCGAGGAUCCUAUAUCCUCCGCGCUGGGGAGAGUACCCUGGAGCUGUGGGGUGGGCAUGAGCCAGGCACCCAGCUAUACAACUGGCCCUACAGAUUCCUCCGGCGCUUUGGGCGGGACAAGGUGACCUUUUCGUUCGAGGCAGGCCGGCGCUGUGUUUCUGGAGAGGGCAGCUUUGAAUUCGAAACCUGGCAGGGCAACGAGAUCUUCUUGGCCCUGGAAGAGGCUAUCUCUGCCCAGAAGAAUGCUGCCCCUCCUGGGCUCCAGCCCCAGCCAGCCACAGCCCCUGUGGUGCUGCCCCGGCCGGAGAGCCCCUACUCCCGGCCCCAUGACUCACUGCCACCACCUUCACCCACCACAAUGGCGCCCACCCCGCGCCCUCGGGGUCUAGAGGGGGACUACGCGGUGCCAUUUGAUGCAGUGGCCCGCUCCUUGGAGAAGAGCUUCAGAGGCAUCCUGGCAGUCCCUCCCCAGCUCCCGUCUGACCCUCUGUAUGACAGCAUCCAGGAGCCCCUGCCCCCUCGGCCUGACCAUAUAUAUGAUGAGCCUGAGGGGGUGGCUUCCCUCUCCCUGUAUGAAAGCCCACAGGAGCCCCAGCAUGAGGCGUGGAGAAGGCAGGCCACAGCUGACGGGGACCCCAGCAGCCUCCAGCAUGUCCACCCAGCUGGGCAGGACUUCUCUGCCUCUGGCUGGCCGCAGGGAACCGAGUACGACAAUGUCAUACUUAAGAAAGGCCCCAAGUGACAGGAGAUGCAGGCUAUGUUGAAGUGCACACCAGGGAGGGGUUAGAGGCUGGGGCAGAGGGGGUAGGGAGCAGGCUCGCCUUACCUUCGAGCUUCUGCGGGUGACUACUCUUGGCCACUGCAUCUAAAGAACCUCCCUCCGCUCCUUCCGGAGCCCCGGGCUUCGCCUGCCUUAGACUGGUCUAGGGCUCAUCCCUGCCAGGGCCUGCUGGGUGAGUCACUGUCCCAAAGCAGGAAGAACCCUGGGGAGACCCACCCUCCUCCUACUCUUUUUCUACUUCCUCCUCUUUCUUCCCUGGGCCUAGAGGGAACCUGGGGCAUUUAGGACAGAGGACAAAGGAUGUCAGAAAAUUGCCCAGGACCCUAGGCUAGUGCAGGCCUCCUGCCUGCUGAUGUCCCCUCCAGGGGACAGCCCUGGUUCCAGGCACCCAGGACGACUGCUGCUUUCCACAGGUUUUGGAUUUCUCUGUGGCAUUAAAACAUUUCUGAAAUAUU